CUAACAAAGAAAAUCCACCAACACCCCACCCUGACCCCCCUCCGCAAAUCACUCUACGUGCUGCUCCUCUCUGUGCCUCCAGGCCAAUGGACCACGUACGCUGCGCUGGCUCGACACCUAGGAUCCAGCGCUAGGGCCGUCGGAACGGCAAUGCGCUUGAACCCCUUUGCGCCGGACGUGCCGUGUCAUCGGGUCUUGAGCGUUGAUGGCGGGCUGGGUGGGUAUAUGGGGACGAGCCCGGCAAGGGGAAAGGGGGCAGGGUUCAAAGGGAAGGGAAAUUUGGAGAGGAAGAGAGCUAUGCUUGAGGGAGAGGGGGUGAAGUUUGAUGAGAGGGGGCGGGCGAUGGGGAAGGUUUUUGUUGAUUUUAAGUCGUAG